AUGGGCGCGUGCGAGAAUCCCGGCUUUGAACUCGAUCGCGAGAGCGUGCGAAGUUCUCGCGUCUUAGACCCGACGGAGGUGCCGGCGCUCAAGCACACCAUAGUGGUUCCGGUAACGCGGGGUGGCCACGUGGUCGAGGAGCAGCUGGACCCGUUCGAGCUGGGUCGCCUGUACGGCCAGAAGCAGGCGGCUCUCCGCAAGCUGCAGAGUCACUACGACUUCCUUGCUGUGCCAGAGUGGGUACGGUUGCACCCGUUGCUUGGAACGUACUUUGCUGAGUUGGUUGGCACCUUUGGGUGGGUGCUCACUUUGGCGCUGGCGAGCGUGCGCAACGAGAGCAUCUUCAACGUCUCUGAGGACACCAACAUGACGUCGCUGUCCAUUGGCUUCAUGCUUAUGAGUAUGAUUUUUACCUUCGGCUACGUCUCCGGCUCUCACCUCAACCCUGCCGUAUCCAUUACCGUCUUUUUGGUGCGUCAAAUGAAGCUGGCCCAGUGCUGCGCCUACAUCCUUUGCCAGCUCGCCGCCAGCCUUGCCGCCGGCGUCGUGGCGAUGGUAAUCCAGGGCAAGAAGGACAUCUUUGUACCGUCGGUGCCGAACCACUAUGUCUCCUCCGGUAUCUUCUCGGAGCUCGUUUUCACCUUUGCCAUGUGUCUGGUUGUGCUCAAUAGUGCCUACUCCCGCCAGUCAGGAAACUUCUUUUACGGCUUUGCCGUAGGCAUGACGAUCUCCGCCGGCUCAGCCAGCGUGGGGCACAUUUCAGGUGGCGCCUUCAACCCGGCUGCCGCGUCGGGACUGCAGGUGGCCAUGUGUCUCGCCGGCGAGUGCAACAACCUCAAGUCCGUCUGGAUUUACUGGCUCGCCCCUGUCGUCGGCGCCAUCCUGGCGGCGCUCCUAUUCUCCCAGAUGGCGCAGCCAGUCGAGACGCAGGUACUGGAGGAUAAAAGGGUGUUCGAGGAUGUGAACCAGCUGCACCGGCAGCGCAUGGCGGCGCAGACGGUGAUCACCGGUGCCACAGCGCGCACCAGUGCAGUGGACAGCCGCUCAGGCGACAGGGAAGAAAUGAGUUUGACCUCGUCUUCAUCGUGCUCCGAAAGGCAAACGUUGUCAUACUCAUCGACCUCCUCUGGUUCGCGCCGCGCUCGAACGAUGAAAGAGCCGCCGAGAACGCUCGCGCCGCAGACGCGGGAGGAGCGUGAUGCCGAGUAUGUGUAG